AGUGAGGACGGCGGAGCGCGCGGUUUGCGAGUUGGUGGAGCCGCGACAGAUAAAGCAGCUAUGCCUAUUCACAUGCUAAAAAUCAUCAAUGGAGCACCUGAAACAGCACUACCAAGCUACCUGCAAAGAGUGGAUUCAAAAUAUCUGCAACUGGGUUGUGAUCAUGCCAACAAAUACUUUAAGGGAACUGUUACUCUCUCCUAUCCUUUAAUUCAACUUGGAAAUGGAACAGAUUCCUUCAAGAUUAUACUACAAGAUAUGGAGAAUUUGUGUUCAAGAACCAGCAGCAUCAAUAUUUUAUUCCUCGGAAAAAUGGCAAAGGACUGUGCAAAAGUUGUCCAUCAAGGGGACACUGUGUUAAUAGCUGGAUUUAAUUUGGCAACAUCACCUUCUGCAAGUGAAGAUGGCAGACAUUGCUGUCACUUGGAAGUGUCAGAAGAAGCUGGAUCAACCAUUUAUAUUUAUACAAAGUCGAGCCCAGUCACUGCUUCCGAAAUUGCAUCCACGCCUGUUGCUCUGAAAUACACGUAUACCCCUCUGAAUCGUCUUACAGGAGGUACUACAGUCAACUUAUAUGGUGUUGUAAAAUUCUUCAAGCCUCCAUAUAUAAGCAAAGGAACUGAUUAUUGUUCAGUUGUAACACUUGUGGACCAAUCAAAUGUCAAGUUGACAUGUACACUCUUUAAUGGAAAUCUAGAUGCCCUUCCAAAAAUCUACAAAAUUGGAGAUAUUGUUCGAUUUCAUAGAAUAAAGAUUAGGGAAUACAAUGGACAGAUUCAGGGGGUUACCAGCAUUGGAUUUGCAUCCUUGACGUUUGAUGGAACCCCAGGAGCAGCAAUCAUUCCUCGAGCCUCUAGUAAAUUGUACACUUUCACAGAUGAAGAACAAAAAACAAUAGAAGAACUACGUGUUUGGGGAUCCAGUAAUCUUUCCAUCUCUGGGCCAGCAGUGAAAUUGUCUGGUGUUCAGCCAAAGCUGUUUUUUGACCUCACUUGCCAACUUAUAGGGAAAGCAAAAAUGGAUGGAUCUUCCUUUCUUCUCAAGGUGUGGGAUGGCACAAAAUGUUCCUACCAGUCCUGGAAAGUGCCUGUGGAAUCGAGGGAUCUUGAAGGAGAUAAAGUUCUUAUUCAUAAGCUGAGAAAUCUGACAGUAGACAUUCUAGUUUAUGAUAACCAUGUCCAAUUGGCAAAAUCACUGAAGGUUGGAAGCUUUCUAAGAAUUUACAGCCUACAUGCAAAGCAAGCCAGUCCAGAGAAUCAGGCUGAUGUUUCGUAUAUAGAGUUUCAUCUUCAUGGUGGCACCUGUUAUGGUCGAGGAUUUGGGGUCCUACCAGAAAGUAAUCCAGAUGUUAAAGAACUAAAAUCAUUUUUGGAUUCUGUGGAUCUCACAGAGCAUCAAAAUGUGGAAACUGUGUCUUCAAUGGAAUUGGAUAGUACUUCUGACAGUGUUUCAAACUCAGAAGUAUAUUUAGAGAGAUGCCAGCAAUUGUCUGUCACAGUGCUGACAGAUCACCAGGAUUUAAAUGAAACAGCGUUGAAUACCAUUUUGAACAACCGCACUCCUCAACAAUAUCGCAUUAGAGCAAAACUGAGAACUUUUAAACCCCAGAAGCUUUAUCAGUCCAUUAAACUUUAUUGUUCAAAAUGCAACUCACUGCAAGAAGUUCCAGAUGGAGAUGACUUUGACUUUAUUUUACAAGACUCUGCAGCUACACUUCCAAAUCCAGAAUUGCACAAUAAGCUGUGGUACGAUUCUGCUGUGUGGAAUACAGAACAUCCAAAACAAAGAACAAUAGCUGUUCAUUUUGUGAAGCACAAUGAAAUGGUUCAAGAGCCAGGAAAUUGUUUGAUAAUGGUAGAAGGAGGGACACAAAAAGAAAUUCUGAAACUUACAAGAAGAUUUAAAGGUGUUAUUCCUGUGAGAUCCAUGCAAGAAGAUCUUGAACUCCUAGACCUUUCUGCUCCAUUCCUUUUGCAAGGGAAGAUACGGCAUUAUGGGUGCAAGCAAUGUUCAAAACCAAAGACUAUCAAGAGUCUACAUUUCCUUUCUGAAGAAGAACAUCCCUCAUGGGAACCUAGUGAAGUGGCACAAAUUUUAGGUAUUCAGCCACUCCAGUAUGUGUUUGUUAUGGAAUUUACACUGGUUGAUGGAACAGGAGAACUAAAUGCAUACCUUUUUGACUAUGAAAAGUUUUUCCAGAUUCCUGCCUCUGAAGUUCUUAGCAGUGAUCUUCUUCAGAAGAAGAUGGAGGCGACCAUGGAUUCACUCUGUUCUCCCAAAAGAAAAAUAGAUGACUUGCCAUGGCUGGAAUGCAUCAUCAGGUCGUACACAGUCAGAGAUGGAACAGAACAGCGAGUCUGCUAUCAGAUUUUUGAUACUACAGUUGCUGAAGAUGUUGUCUAGUGCUGUGUUCCUAUUUCAGAAGCAGUUUAUCACCAUUAUUAAUUACAAAUAUUUUCUCCAUGCAAACACAGUAAAGAAGUCUGCAUAAUGAUUUGUACAUUUUGUUUGAUCCUACGUUUCUGAAUUAAGCUUAGUUACACAUCUGCUAAAAUGUGUUUGUUACUUAGCUGGGUUCUGUCCUGUGAAAUGAGCGGGAAAAGAAGUGUUAGGCCUUUCACAGGAUUCCAACUGUAUAAUUCAGAUUGUUAAAAGAAGAUUAGUAUCCAAACAUUCCAAGCUGUUAUAUUGGAAGAUCUCUAAUGUUACUGUACUCUCGGAGGACAUACAAAGUCAAACAGUAAGACAUUGUAGACUCUAAAUGUUGUGUUACUUAAGAAGCACAGUUACCAUUCACUUUUAUAUGCAAAAAUAAAUUAUUUUAGCACACCUGUGGAAACCAGCCAUAUCAUUUAAUUUUCAUUCCCUGACAUUAUUGCAUGCAAACACAUUUUUUUAAGUCCUAUAUAAGCCAUAUGCGUUCCUUUUUCUUCACUUUUAUUACUGUUAUGUAGUUUCUACAGAGUUCUUCCUGCAGGUCUUACUGCCAGAUAAUCCUUGUGCAUGCCAGAAGAGUUGUUGACUCAGGAACUAUUUAUGUGAGUAAAUAAAAUAAUACUCAUCUGGUUAAGAAUUAUAAAGCUAGGUCAUAAAAGCAAGGAUGUUUGAAAUACUAAGAUUAAUAGUAAACUUUAUUAGACUAUAUAUUUUUAUAAAAAUGUAAGGUAAAGCAUAUAUAAAGUUGUAUUUAUUAACACUCAGUAUUGGCUGUACAUUGACAGCUUCUCAAAGAGUCUGGCUAAUUUAGUGUCGGAUCGUAGGUCUAGAUCUGAUUUCUUAUUUGGUGUAAUCGGAUUGUGUGGCUAAAUUUAGAGCCAGCAUUUUCAGGCCAAUAUGUCACUAGUCUAGUUGACUAUCUAAGUAAAAACACUUACUCUGCUGUAAGUAUUUUCUCACUUUCUAGGAAAAAAAGAAUGUAAAAAUUCAUCAAAUGAAUAUGCCUAUCACUCAAGAAUUAUUACUUAACAUUUGCAACAGUUUUUUUGAGUAAACUCAAAUAUCAUAUUUAAUGUAACAGCUCAGUACUUUGAUACUAGAUACAAACAUUUUAUUGUAUAGUAAGAGAGAUACUGGACUAUUUUUAUGUGUGUAUUUUGAUUCAAAUAGCCUAAAACUUGCUUUCUGUUGCUUAAAUGUGUACUCUUUGUAGAAACAUUCAGCCAGGAACCUAGAAAUGUAAUGUGCUUUAUCCAAAGUUUCAUUAACAUUGGUAGCUGAUGUUCAUUUUGAAGGUGGGGAGAAACAGUCUGGCUGAUUAAAUAAGACCAACAGCUUGCCAAGUAAGAAAGUGCUGGCAAGAGUUUUGAAAGCAGCUGCUUUAUUGCCCUUGGCUUGAUGAGAAAUGCUGAUAAGUGAAUUGUUAAGAUUUGAGUUCUUAACUGGAUGUCCAAAGAAUUUCAGUGGAAUUUAAUUUCAGAUGAUCCCUCUUAAGAGCGUUUCAGUUGAAUUUAAUUCCACAUCAUUCCUCUUAGGAGCUUGUGUGCCAUGUGAUUUAUAGCUUGUCAUAAAAACUAGAAACCAGACCUCAAUUGGGUUAAAGUUGAUAAAGAAGCCUUUAUUUUGUUGUGUUGCAUAUCAUUACAUUGUUACUGCCAAAUACAUUUGUGUUAAAUUGUAAAUAUAUUUUUGAAAAUUAAAAGUAUAAAUAAAAUUG